AGUCAGACGCGGGCGCCCCGGUCGUCGCCCCACCAUCCAGCCGUCCGUCGCGAGCCGCCGGCUGCAUCCAAGCUGGCCGUCCCAGUCGCCGACGGGUGGGCCACCACGAGGUUCCCCCCUCGUGCCAUCUAUUAAACGCCGACUUCCGUUUCGCUUCUCUCCCUCCCCCUCCCGUGUUGUUCGCGACGGCAAGGUCAGGAGAGAGACGAGUGCGGCGCCAGAAGGCGGCAACCGCGGCGGCGGCGGAGGAGGAGGACCCGGCGCCGUCUCCGAGGCGGAGUCCGGUGGCACUGAUCGUCGCUCCGGCCAUUUGAGCGGGGCACCAUGUCCAUGGAGGACAGCACGCCGCCGGCCGGUGCCAACGCCGGCGAACGCGCGAGCUCGCCGUCGCCGUCGCGUCGCCUGCCGGACUUCCUGCAGUCGGUGCGGCUCAAGUACGUUAAGCUGGGGUACCACUACCUCAUCACCCACGGCAUGUACCUCCUGCUGACCCCACUCAUCGUGCUCAUCGCCGUCCACCUCUCCACGCUCUCUCCGGGCGACGUCGCAGACCUGUGGACGCACCUCCGCUUCAACCUCCUCUCCGUCAUCGCCUGCUCCACGCUCCUCGUUUUCCUCUCCACCGUCUACUUCCUCACCCGCCCGCGCUCCGUCUACCUCGUCGACUUCGGUUGCUACAAGCCCGGCCCGGAGCGCCGGUGCUCGCGUGACACCUUCAUGCGCUGCUCCAAGCUCACAGGCAACUUCACCGAAGCUAACCUCGAUUUCCAGCGCAAGAUCCUUGAGCGCUCCGGUCUCGGCGAGGACACUUACAUCCCUCCUGCCUUGGUCACCGUGCCGCCCAACCCCUCCAUGGACCUGGCGCGCCAGGAGGCGCAGGUCUGCAUGUUCGGUGCCAUCGACAACAUGCUUGCCAAGACCGGGGUGAAGCCCAAGGACAUUGGGAUUCUUGUUGUGAAUUGCAGCCUGUUCAACCCGACGCCGUCACUGUCCGCCAUGGUGGUGAACCAUUACAAGCUGAGAGGGAACAUAAUCAGCUACAAUCUGGGAGGAAUGGGGUGCAGUGCCGGGCUCUUGUCCAUAGAUCUGGCCAAGGAUUUGCUUCAGGUGCAUCCCAACUCGUACGCCAUGGUGGUCAGCACCGAGAACAUUACCCUGAAUUGGUAUUUUGGGAACAACCGGUCGAUGCUCGUGUCGAAUUGCCUGUUCCGGAUGGGUUGCGCUGCGAUCCUGCUGUCGAACAAGCGGUCAGACAGGAGGAGGUCCAAGUACGAGCUGGUACACACCGUGAGAACUCACAAGGGUGCAGAUGACAAGUGCUUCAGCUGUGUCACCCAGGAGGAGGAUGACAGUGGCAAGGUUGGCGUCGCACUGUCCAAGGACCUCAUGGCGGUGGCUGGGGAUGCGCUCAAGACGAACAUCACAACGCUUGGGCCGCUUGUGUUGCCAUUCUCGGAGCAGCUGCUGUUCAUGGUCACAUUGGUUGGCAAGAAGCUGUUCAAGAUGAAGAUCAAGCCAUACAUUCCUGACUUCAAGCUGGCAUUCGAGCACUUCUGCAUCCACGCUGGUGGGCGCGCUGUGCUUGAUGAGAUAGAGAAGAACAUGGACCUCACCGAUUGGCACAUGGAGCCGUCUCGGAUGACUCUCUUCCGUUUCGGCAACACGUCCAGCAGCUCGCUGUGGUACGAGCUGGCCUACAGCGAGGCAAAGGGGAGGAUCAGGAGGCGUGACAGGAUAUGGCAGAUAGCGUUCGGCUCGGGGUUCAAGUGUAACAGCGCCGUCUGGAAGGCACUGAGGUCAGUGAACCCAGCGAAGGAGCAGAACAACCCCUGGAUGGACGAGAUCGACACAUUCCCGGUGGAGGUUCCCAAGGUGUCCAAGGUUGCUGAAUAAUUUUGCCUUUUCAGCAUUGUCACCCGAAACAGGAAGCGCGCAAAUCUUGCCAUUGAAUUCGACUGUAUUCAAUAUGUUUGGGUGAUCUGUCGGGUAUUAAUUUUAGAUGAUUCCAUUUAGGUGGUACAGAGGGGUGUGAUGUCGUGCUGUUCACUAUUUAUGCCAUUGAUCAGUUCUAAA